AUGUCCAGAUCCGGGGACAGGACCUCCACCUUCGACCCCAGCCACAGCGACAACCUGCUGCACGGCCUCAACCUGCUGUGGAGGAAGCAGCUCUUCUGCGACGUGACCCUGACGGCCCAGGGCCAGCAGUUCCACUGCCACAAGGCCGUGCUGGCCUCCUGCUCCCAGUACUUCCGAUCCCUCUUCUCCAGCGGCGGCGGGACCGGCGGCCACCCGCACGCCCUGGGGCUGGGGCCCGGCGCCCAGGACGGGCUCGGGGGGCCGCCGAAGGAGCCGCCGCCGCAGCCGCAGGAGGAGCCCGGCACCCCGUCGUCCUCCCCCGAGGACAAGCUGCUGGCCAGCCCGCGGGCCAUCAACAACCUGGUGCUGCAGGGCUGCUCGUCCAUCGGGCUGCGGCUGGUGCUGGAGUACCUGUACACGGCCAACGUGACCCUGUCGCUGGACACGGUGGAGGAGGUGCUGUCGGUCAGCAAGAUCCUGCACAUCCCGCAGGUCACCAAGCUGUGCGUGCAGUUCCUCAACGACCAGAUCUCGGUGCAGAACUACAAGCAGGUGUGCAAGAUCGCCGCCCUGCACGGCCUGGAGGAGACCAAGAAGCUGGCCAACAAGUACCUGGUGGAGGACGUGCUGCUGCUCAACUUCGAGGAGAUGCGCGCCCUGCUCGACUCGCUGCCCCCCCCCGUCGAGUCGGAGCUGGCGCUCUUCCAGAUGUCCGUGCUGUGGCUGGAGCACGACCGGGAGACCCGCAUGCAGUACGCCCCGGACCUGAUGAAGCGCCUCCGCUUCGCCCUCAUCCCCGCGCCGGAGCUGGUGGAGCGGGUCCAGUCGGUGGACUUCAUGCGCACCGACCCCGUCUGCCAGAAGCUGCUGCUGGACGCCAUGAACUACCACCUGAUGCCCUUCAGGCAGCACUGCCGGCAGAGCCUGGCCAGCAGAAUUCGUUCCAAUAAGAAAAUGCUGUUAUUGGUUGGAGGAUUGCCUCCCGGACCUGAUCGGCUACCCAGCAAUUUGGUUCAGUAUUAUGAUGAUGAAAAGAAGACGUGGAAAAUACUGACAAUUAUGCCAUACAACAGUGCCCAUCAUUGUGUUGUGGAAGUGGAAAACUUCUUGUUUGUGCUUGGAGGAGAAGACCAAUGGAACCCUAAUGGGAAACACAGUACAAACUUUGUUAGCCGAUACGAUCCCAGGUUUAACAGCUGGAUACAACUUCCACCCAUGCAAGAGAGGAGAGCAAGUUUCUAUGCCUGCCGCCUGGACAAGAACUUAUAUGUAAUUGGUGGAAGAAAUGAAACUGGCUAUUUGUCCAGUGUGGAAUGCUAUAACCUGGAGACAAAUGAAUGGCGUUACGUGUCUUCCUUACCACAACCUUUGGCAGCCCAUGCAGGAGCUGUUCACAAUGGCAAGAUAUACAUUUCAGGAGGUGUUCAUAAUGGAGAGUAUGUUCCCUGGCUGUACUGCUAUGACCCUGUGAUGGACGUCUGGGCCCGAAAACAGGACAUGAACACAAAGCGAGCAAUCCACACUUUGGCUGUAAUGAAUGAUCGACUGUAUGCAAUUGGAGGAAACCAUUUGAAAGGUUUCUCUCAUCUUGACGUAAUGCUGGUGGAAUGCUACGAUCCAAAAGGCGACCAGUGGAAUAUCCUCCAGACUCCUAUUUUGGAGGGUCGCAGUGGCCCUGGCUGCGCAGUCCUUGAUGACAGUAUUUACCUUGUAGGAGGCUACAGCUGGAGUAUGGGGGCCUACAAAUCUUCCACUAUUUGCUAUAGUCCUGAGAAAGGGACUUGGACAGAACUAGAAGGAGAUGUUGCUGAGCCACUUGCAGGUCCUGCUUGUUCAACUGUCAUACUGCCAGCCUGCGUACCGUACAACAAGUGAUAGUCAAGGAGCACUGACAUGAACACUGAUUGCAUUUGGGAAAAUAAUGACGGGUGACGUAAAUAUUUUAUUAGAACAGGAUUCCUGUUAACACAAAGCUACCAUAAUUGACCCCUUAUCCCAUACUUAUGCUUUAGGAGCAAAGUAAAAGAGAACAAAAACGAAGUGUUGUCCCAUCUCAGAUAGAUGCCGGUGUCUUAUGAAGCAAGUAGCUAAAACACACCGAAUAUUACAUGCUGACAGACUGCCAUUUCAGACUGAUUUUAACUUUUUCCUGCUGCAGAAAGAUUCCUCACAUCAAAUUUAACUUCAAAAAAAUGAAGGCUACAUGUUCAAACACAGCCUGAAGAGACAAGAUCAGUAUUGUGCAUUGUAUCUACCUGCAUGUGAUCUGUGUUGAAGUCAUGAGGAUGUUGUUGUCAUGAAUGCUUCAGAAUUCAGAUAGUGAAAAGCUCACUCUGCAUUGCAGAAUUGUCUCCUCCUCUGUAAUCCUAACCUACAGCUACUUCACAUGCUCUGCAAGCAACCCAGGAUCAGAAGAUUAUAAAAGGUAAAGAAAUACUGUUUUUGCACAGCUUGGCAUCUAAUACACUCUGCCUUCAAAGUCCCCCACAUGUAAGUGUAGCAAAGAGUGGACUACAAAGAAAUCCAUGUUUUACAGAGCACUUCUUGCAAUAGCAGUUUAGAGAUUAGGAUCAAAUUCUUCUAGUCACACUUGUGUAACGUCAGAAUAGUUUCACCGAAAUUUGGUCCUACACCGUAAAUUCUGGGUUCCUACAGUAAGUUAUUUCUAUGACAACCUAAUGAAGCACCAGAACCCUUCCUUACUUUUCACUCACCUGUUAGGUAGAGGCAUAUGUGCUAGUUGCUUCCAAAGACAAGAAGGCUGCACUUAACUGUAAAUGUAUUACUUUGGACUCUUAAAUGAUUGCACACAAUUUUGGAGAGACACUGUUAAGUAGUUAAAGUACUCCUGUGUGAUUGAUCUUAAAAUGUAGUGUGAAAGAU